AUGUACGUUGUCGAGCACGAAAUUAUUCGAGCCGAAGCGUCUGACCUCUCUGUUAGACAGCGAUCGGCAGCCCCAACUCAAGUGCCAAUCCUACUCGAGAAGACCAUGGCCGGCACCAAUCGCUCCACGGAUCAUGAGGUAGACGGGCAUCACGGCCAAAACGCGACUGCGAAUAGCACGACUCGAGCGAAUGACGAGUAUAUGCACCGCGCCGAAACACUCCAAGCUACCCUCAUCGAUUCCAAUAACAUGAAGCCCAAAACUCCGCCGCCACACGCAGCUUUCAACGGCGCAAAGUCUCCAUAUUGCAUGUUCGACAUCGACAACGAAGGCGAUAAAUCUUCGACCCAUGUCGGUGUCUUGACGCCCGAGAAACGCAAGCGCAAGCGUGACAUCGAUGGUGAAGUUGACGAUGAAGCUGGUGACGAUGUUGCCCUAGAAGCACACUCUUCGGACCUUGCUAUGGACAUAGUGAACGAUGAAUGGCUCGAACAGAUGAAGGGGCUCAAGAAGGAAAAGGGAAAAGAUAACGCAUUCAAGACUAAGAAACGAAGGGAGGAGGAUCAGCAAACGCGCGCACUACCUCUCAGCCCACACCCUCGCACCGCUAUCAGCAGGAGUCCACUCGAAGACGUGCGCAAUUCUCCGCCGCCACGUGACGUUUUCUUUGAACCAACAGCUGCUCAGAUAGGUUGGUUCGCAAGAAUCUGUGACCUUGUUCUCGAUGUGGAUCCGGACGCGCUUCGGGCGUUCAUCUCAGAUGGCAGUGUGGGUUGA